AUGAAGUGGAUUGUCCUCUCCCUUGCCGCAGUCGCGUCUGCGCUGCAGAUUCUACCCCCGGUGCACUUUGACGACACUGGCUCAGCUCAUAACAAAGGCUUUUCGUUAACAACCACCGACCGGACAAUCUACUUGAAUGCCGAUUUCGCCAGAUGGAAGGAUCAGAAUGGGUUGACGCUGCUUCCACCGUCGGCAUCCGACUUUGCCAACACAUUUCGCGACGACUUACAGGAGUUGACGAAUAGUUCAUGGGAGCUUCGCACGGUCAAGCAAUUUCCCAAAGACGCGUCGGGAAUAUUCCUCGAUCGCGCAGACCACCCGGACCGGUUUACCUAUGAAAAUGGACGCGAAACCGAGGAGGGAUAUGAGUUGGAGAUCAAAGAUGGCAGUGUGUUCAUUCGAGGCUCCGGGGCGCGAGGUAUGUGGUGGGGGACGCGAACACUCCUCCAGCAGCUCGUUUUGACACGCUCACCCUUACCUACCGGUCGCGUGGAAGAUGCGCCCGCCUAUGCGACUCGUGGAUUCCUGCUAGACGCUGGUCGCAAAUGGUAUUCGCUGGACUUUUUGAAAGAUUUGUGCACCUAUGCCUCGUUUUUCAAAAUGUCUGAGUUUCAGUACCAUGCGACUGACAACUACCCACUGAGUCGCGGUCAAAAUGAUACCUGGAAUGAGGUCUACUCGCAGUUCUCCUUGCACCCUGAAAGCGAGGCUCUUCACCCUCUUGUCCAGCGUGCCAACGAAACGCUGUCCCGGGCUGAGUUUGAUGACUUCCAGCACCACUGUGCUCAGCGAGGUGUUACAGUGAUUCCCGAGAUCGAGAGCCCCGGGCAUUGUCUUACGGUUACGAAAUGGAGACCUGAGCUCGCAUUGGAAUCGAGAGACCUGCUCAAUCUCUCCCAUCCGGACACUGUUCCUUUGAUGAAAUCCAUUUGGACCGAGUUCCUUCCUUGGUUCCAUACAAAGGAGGUGCACAUCGGCGCCGAUGAGUACGAUCCUAACUUUGCGGAUGACUAUGUUGAAUUCGUGAACGAGAUGUCUCGCUUUAUACAAGAAACAUCAAGCAAAAGUGUCCGUAUUUGGGGCACAUACGAGCCAUCAAACAUUACCAUCGAUAAGAAUGUGACGAUUCAACACUGGCAGUAUGGACAAUCAGACCCAGUUGAUCUAGCCCGCAACGGCUACCAGGUCAUCAACUCAGAGGAUUGGUGGGCCUACAUGUCACUGAAAAGCAACCAUGUACCUAUCUCCCCAGCCCCCUAUCCGCAGUUCUUUAACAAUGCCCGUGUUGUGAACUUCGCCGAUCAGGAUGGGUGGCAGUGGACUCCGGAGCUCUUCAAUCCGGUUAACACCACUGAACAACCGGAUGCCAACGCUGUGCCAGGUGCUCUCUUGGCUGCAUGGAAUGACAGCGGCCCGGACGCCACUACUCAACUUGAAGCCUACUAUGCAAUCCGUGAUAGUAUUCCAGUCGUGGCUUCACGGGCGUGGUGCGGUGCGCGUGGACCUCGCCUGCAUGAACAAACCCUAGCCGAAUCUAUUGUAGAACUAUCCUCUCAGGCUGUGGGGCAAAAUCUUGACCGACGACUUCCAGGAGAAGAGAGUCAUGGAUUAGGACCUUGGCUUUCAUGGACAAGGCCAACUACAAAUUCCAACCAGGAUGAAUAUAACCUUGGCUAUGGUAGUAAGGGUAUGGAUUAUACCCUCCGACUAGACGUUACUGGUCCCUUUUCUCUGCAGUCUUCGGAUGCGACACUUACCUUGUCAUCGGACGGUGAAUUGACUUUUUUUUCUGAUGGAUGGCCCUAUCCUCUUCGCUCUGUUGCUGAAGCUGAUGGCUUCGACCAAGACCAGCCUGGACGAAUUUGGGCUAACAAGACCUCCUCAAGCCACGAGGUUGUGACAAUCCCCCACAAAUCACAGAUCACUAUCUCCACAAACGAGAUAUAUGGAAGUCGUGUGUGGGUGGAUGAAGCCUUUGUCGGCCGCUUUGAAGUCUUUAUCUAUGGCGGAAAGAAUAAAGUUUUCUCGUGGGCUCAGAUGGCUUUUAUUGCACCGUUGGAUGUUUUGGAAGGCUCGGGGUUGCAAAGUUUGGCUGUUUUUCAGGGUAGCAGGGAUGAUUUAUAUUGA